AUGAAGAGUGGAGAUAAGCCCCUGGCCGUCCAGUUCGCGGACUGGGUCCUCAGGGGCACUGCGCAGGUGAUGUUUGUCAACAACCCUCUCAGCGGCUUCCUCAUCUUCAUCGGGCUCCUGAUCCAGAGUCCCUGGUGGACAAUGACUGGAGGCUUGGGCACCGUGGUCUCAACCCUAACUGCUCUCGCCUUGAGCCAGGACAGGUCCGCCAUCGCCUCUGGGCUCCACGGGUACAACGGCAUGCUGGUGGGCCUGCUUGUGGCUGUGUUCUCCAAGAAGCUGGACUACUACUGGUGGCUGCUGCUGCCGGUCACCUUCAUGGCCAUGACCUGCCCAGUUCUUUCUAGUGCCUUGAAUUCCAUCUUCAGCAAGUGGGACCUUCCGGUCUUCACACUGCCCUUCAACAUCGCAGUGACCCUAUACCUGGCAGCCACCGGCCACUACAACCUCUUCUUCCCCACGACGCUGCUGCAGCCUGCAUCCUCGGUGCCCAACAUCACCUGGACUGAGAUUGAAAUGCCCUUGCUGCUACAGGCCAUCCCAGUCGGAGUCGGCCAGGUGUACGGCUGUGACAAUCCCUGGACAGGCGGCGUGUUCCUGGUGGCCCUGUUCAUCUCCUCGCCCCUCAUCUGCUUGCAUGCAGCCAUUGGCUCCAUCAUGGGGAUGCUAGCAGCCCUAACAGUGGCCACACCCUUCGAGAAGAUCUACCUGGGCCUUUGGAGCUACAACUGUGUCCUCUCCUGCAUCGCCAUCGGAGGCAUGUUCUACGCCCUCACCUGGCAGACCCACCUGCUGGCCCUCAUCUGUGCCCUGUUCUGCGCAUACAUGGGAGCGGCCCUGGCCAACAUAAUGUCAGUGGUUGGUCUACCACCAGGCACUUGGGCCUUCUGCCUGUCCACCCUCACCUUCCUGCUGCUGACGACCAACAACCCUGCCAUCUACAAGCUCCCCCUCAGCAAAGUCACCUACCCGGAGGCCAACCGCGUCUACUUCCUCACAGUGAAGCGCAGCCAAGAGGAGAAGUCCCCCAGCGGUGACUAG